AUGCCGUCCGACGAUCUUCCAGCAAGCGUCCUUCUCUCAUGCUCACGACCCCUAAGCCCAUGGCUUCAAGAGGUCAUCCGAACAAAGCUUAGCGAGCUAAAUAUGUCCGACAAUAGGGGCAAUGAGCAGAAAGGAGCCUCUGCGUCUGACUUAGGGCUUACAUCACAGCCUUUACCUACGCCCAGAGUUAAUGGCUCUUCGCCUUCUCAGGAGCUGCUACAGCAGCCUUCUGGUCCCACACCUGCGCCCGCUAAGCAGGCAGAGGAUAAAUCAGCCCCUACUUCAAGCUGCAAGCUAGUCGAGAUUGGGGAGUUCCUUGUUCAUUUGAUGACUUUUACAUCAAAGAUAGCCUCUGCUUUGGUCGAGGCAGAGGAUAUAAAGACUUACAUCGAGGCUCACAUUCAACAACUAAACAAGAUGCAUCAUCUUUCUGAUAUGGACGUGGUAACAUAUAUGAGCGAGAAGGAGCGUGAUCUCAAGUGA